AUGCCGGUCAGCAGCAGCAGCAACAACAACAUCAAGAUCAAGGUCAAGGUUUCGUCGGCCUCAAACACCCAGCAACAUCAACAACAACAACAACAGAGGAAGAAGCCUCCGGCGAAACAACAACAACAGCGAACACGGCCUCCGCACCAGGACGAGGAGGAGGGCCGCAUGCUGGCCGAGCUGCUGUACCGCCUGGCGCGUCGGGCCGAGGAGAUCUCGGCGCGCCUCGAGCACCUGGCCAACACGGCCAGGGCCUCCAGCGGGGCGGCGGACGCGAGGACGACCUCCAGGACGGGCCCGAGAAGGGCUGCCAACGGGGCCGCGACUGGGACAAACAAGACGGCCUCAGGCACGGCCUCGAACGCCGUACGCAGGAGGCCCCAGACCUCGACCAGGGGCUCCUCGGACGGUCAGCAGUCCACGCCAAGGAACCGGAGUCGGAGUUGGAGCCGGAACCAGUACGCCGAGCCCCAGUCGGAGGGCCGUCGCCGCGCGUACGAGUACUAG